AAAACUAUUAUAAACUUGGCCUGUGGGAGAGCUGAUCUCUUAAUGAAAUACAGAACAACUGUCUUAGAAAGCCGAAAAUGGGCAAUCGUCAUAGCCAGUCUUACUCCCUCUCAGAAGGCAGUCAACAGUUGCCCAAAGGGGACGUCCAACCCUCGGCAGCCGGGCAGCCUCUCAGCCACCCAUCAGGGAGUGGACAGCCAGAGGCCCAACAGCCUGCCAAAGAGAGAAGUCAUCAGGGUUUUGAUGUGGAUCGGGAUGCCAAAAAGCUGAACAAAGCCUGCAAGGGAAUGGGAACUGAUGAAGCAGCCAUCAUUGAGAUGUUAUCAAGCAGGACAUCGGAUGAGAGGCAACAAAUCAAGCAAAAGUACAAGGCAUUGUAUGGCAAGGACCUGGAGGAGGUGUUCAAGAGUGAACUGAGUGGGAACUUUGAGAAGACAGCCUUGGCCCUCCUGGACCGCCCCAGCGAGUAUGAUGCCCGGCAGCUGCAGAAGGCCAUGAAAGGUCUGGGCACAGAUGAGGCCGUGCUCAUCCAGGUCCUGUGCACAAGAACCAAUAAGGAGAUCAUUGCCAUUAAGGAAGCCUACCAAAGGUGUAAGUGA